UGAUUGCAAAUUAAAAAUAUAGAAAUACAAAAACAGUUCAUAAAAUAUAUACCUACUCACACUUUACACCCUCACCUGAUUAUAUGUUUCCAUCUGUUUUUAUCUGUAAUUUUGAUUUGAUUUUCCAUUUUAGCUCAUCAACAUUUUCUAGCUAAAUCUCUAGGGCUCUAAAUUUUAAUUUUUGAAAAAUUUCAUAUGAAUUAGUACUAAAAAGCAUUUGUUUAUCACUAGCAUUGAAGAUGAAAUAAAGGAUCCUAUAAAUUGUAACAGGAAAGUUGAUUUUUUUUAAUUUCUUUUUUUUUUUGGUAAUAAAAAGAUGGGAAUUUGCUAUUCUUUAGUAAAAGGGAAGAGCAGUGAGAAUGAAAGUAAAAAGAUUGAUUUGAAGUUGAGGAAGAGCAGUUCUAAUAAUGGAGAUUUCAGCACAUUUAUGAGCAAGUUGAGUGGAGGAAGUGGAGCUGAGGAGAGAGGACUUGAGCAGAUUGAAGGAAGGGUAAUUGGAAAUGGUGCUAGUAAUGUUGCUUGUUUAUAUACUCAGCAAGGAAAGAAAGGUACAAAUCAAGAUGCCAUGAUUGUUUGGGAGAAUUAUUGUUCGAGAAGCGAUACAAUCUUUUGUGGAGUAUUUGAUGGGCAUGGUCCUCAUGGUCAUAUGGUUGCAAGGAAAGUUCGAGAUUAUCUUCCACUUUUGCUGCAAUCAGAGUGGGAAACUAAAUCCUGUGGUGAUCAAAAUGCUGCAUCCGAGAAUGGAAAUACUAAUGGAGGCUCACAUUUUGACGACAUUGUGGAUGAUGAUUUGAUCGAAUCAGUGGAAGCUGAGAACAAUGAAAAAUUCCCAGAAAUCCAUCUGCCACUUAGGAGCUCAAUAUUAAAGGCUUUUAGAUCAAUGGAUAAGGAACUAAAGUUACACCCUUCAAUAGACUGUUUCUGCAGCGGGUCAACUGCUGUUACUUUGGUAAUGCAGGGCAAGGAUAUAUUUGUUGGUAAUGUUGGUGACUCAAGAGCAGUUUUGGCAAUGAGAGAUAAAGACAACUCUUUAAUGGCUGUACAGUUGACAGUAGAUUUGAAGCCUAAUCUUCCAAGAGAAGCUGCUAGAAUCCAGAAAUGUAAAGGACGGGUUUUUGCAUUGCAAGAUGAGCCGGAGGUUGCACGUGUAUGGUUGCCAAACUGUGACUCUCCAGGUUUGGCAAUGGCCAGAGCAUUUGGUGAUUUUUGUCUCAAGGAUUUUGGUUUAAUUUCCGUGCCGGAUGUGUAUUACCACCACAUUACUGAAAGGGAUGAGUUUGUCCUCCUUGCAACUGACGGGGUUUGGGAUGUCCUUUCUAAUAAGGAAGCUGUUGAUAUUGUGGCCUCAGCUCCAAGUCGUGAAACAGCUGGCCGAGCUCUUGUUGAGUGUGCUACUAGAGCAUGGAGGCUAAAAUAUCCAACGUCAAAGAAUGACGAUUGUGCUGUAGUAUGCCUUUACCUAGACACCACACCUUUACCUGAUGUCAAAGUGAUAGAGGGCCAAAAUAAGCUGACAAAUUCCCCAGAAAUGGAAACUGAGAAAAACACUAUAGAUGGCAAUGUUGGAAGAUCAGAUACUGAAGCUAUUUCAACUUCUCAGACCGCUGAUUGUGAAGAUCUCAGUACUACCAAAGAUGCCAGUGAGAUAGUUCCAGUCGUCGAGUCACAGGAAGAACAACAUCUAGAUAAAGGUCUUGGCCAGUCUAAGAGAAGUAUAGCUGAGAUUCUUUCGACUGCACAAGACGACGAAUGGUCAGCGCUUGAGGGAAUUACCAGGGUUAAUAGUCUUCUUAGUCUUCCUAGAUUCUUGUCUGCUGAUAAAAGAUCUACCAGUUGGAGAAAAUGGUUAUGAGACAUCAAAGCAUCAAAUGAUCAAAUGAUCUUCAGUGGCAUUCUCUACUGCUGUUGUCAAAGAUUCUGCUGUAAAUGAAACUGAUAGGAAUAAUAGUAUAGCUUUUCAGUUAAUUGUCAAAUCAGGUGGUGGGAAUGGCCUGAAGUGACAGAUUGUUGUUGUGCUUGUGGAUUAUCCAAAUUGGCAAUUCUUUUUGGUAGGAAAAGUUGUAUUUGCUGCUUAAAUUUGUGUACAACGCCAUUGAAGAAGGCUCAGUAGAAAAUGACACUUGUUGCUUCUUUCAUUUUUA